AAAGGAGGCUGCAUUGUAUCACCUCAGUGAAAGAUCACAUGCUUGGAUGGAAGUUGAGUUUUAUUGCAGGUUGUCAGGAGACUUCAGAUUGCUACAGCGCUAGAUUUUUAUUUGAUCUGGGAGAAGCAGUUCUAGCUGUGUAGCCUGUUUGUGAUUCUGUAAGCUUGACACACCUGUUUUUUAACUGGGAACUUGGGAACAAACUUGUUAUUGUUGUCGCACUAAUGACGGGUCGGAGUCACAGUCUGCGGACACAGGAUGCUCCUCUGCAAAGAUAACAGCCAGGCUACUGCUGCUGCUGGACUGGAAUUUGAUCUUUACACUCUGCCUGCUGUUACCGUGACCAGGAAAAGCUUUUGACUGCAUUUCAGAGACUCAUAUAGUCUUUUAUUCCAAGGAGUCGGGCCUGAAGCAGAAACAUGUGAUAUGCCGCAUGUGAAAAGAGAACCCGGAAGGACCCAGACAGGAUUAAAUAUGCAGCUGCACAAAGACACAAGGAGGGAAAAUGUGUAAAUCUGUAAUAUGAGGCUAUUUAAAAGGCUUUUUUAUAAAUCUUUUUCUGUGCAGACUAAAAACAUACCAACUAUAUCCUGUAAAAGUUUGCCUUUGAUUGUCUGUGUCAGUCAUCUUACUUUCUCUGUGUAAGCUAGAUGUCUUUCUCUUCCUCUAGUAGGACAGGACUAAUUUCUCUUGUGAUAUAUCCGUACAGCGUCUGUAUCCUGUGCCUGGCAGGAAGAUGGUGUUAUAGACAAUGUGACAUCAGUGCAAACACGGCAUUUUCUCUGGGUUCAAAGUACAAACUCCAUGGCUUCAGCAGGAGGGUCAUUCCUCUCAAAAAGUUAUGUUUUCACCACCACAUGUGAUCCUUUCUUCUAUCACAAGAGAUUUUUCCUAGAUAAGUAACCCUUUGUGUAGGAGUUACACAGCUUUUUAUUCAUCCUCAGUUGUUCUGAAUGUUUUUUUGUCGCUAGUUUCACUUUAAACCCUGAGCUUGGCCCAAAGAUUUCCUGAUCUGUGAGGAAUUGCAUCUUGAGCUUUGUGACUGUUUCUGGAGUUUGCAUCAGGCUGAAGAGGAAUGUUGAGCCAUCUGUAUCUCCAGAUGUGUGUGGAGGCUGGAACUAGACCAGCGAACUGUGAAUGACACAUACACACAUAUUUGUGUUGUGGACUUUUAGGGGUUUUUUUAUACUUUGACACAGCUGCAGCUCAAAGUAAAAUCCAAACUGAUCAAUGGAGUGCUUAUGCAGGCGGGCAGCUGGUUUCCAUGAAGAUCAGAUCCACGCUGAGAGUCCGGUCGUGAUCUCGUCUUACGCCUUACAGUUAGAGCUACACUCUGUUGAUGGAGGAGGGGGAAAUUAUGACAUAGUCAACAACGCAAUAAUCUCAACACCCGGGCCAUCAAACCACAGAGCCCAGAAUGUGUCCUUACGCCAAAGCUGGGAGAUGAACUACCAAGAAGCAGCUAUCUACCUACAGGAAGGAGAGAACAAUGAUAAAUUCUUCACCCACCCUCGAAACCCAAAGGCACUGGCAGCGUACCUGUUUGCCCACAACCACCUUUUCUACAUGAUGGAGCUGCUGACAGGCCUGCUGCUGAUGAUGCUGUCUCUGUGUGAAGCUCCUGCUGUGCCCUCUCUGCGUCUGGAUGUCUAUGUCCAUGCCACCCUGGAGCUGCUGGCUUUGGUUAUGGUGGCAUUUGAGCUGUGCAUGAAACUCCGCUGGUUAGGCUUCCACACCUUCAUACGACAUAAGAGGACCAUGGUGAAGACGUGUGUGUUGCUCCUGCAGUUUGUGGAGGCUAUAGUGGUUCUGAUCAGACAGACGUCCCAUGUUCGAGUGACCAGAGCUCUCAGACCAAUCUUCCUGGUGGACUGUAGAUACUGUGGUGCUGUACGAAGAAACUUGCGUCAGAUCUUCCAGUCCCUCCCUCCUUUCAUUGACAUCCUCCUCCUGCUGCUCUUCUUCAUGGUUAUUUUUGCUAUCUUGGGUUUCUGCCUUUUCUCUACAAACACUUCUGACCCGUACUUCAGCACUCUAGAGAACAGCCUCGUCAGUCUGUUUGUGCUGCUGACCACAGCAAAUUUUCCUGAUGUGAUGAUGCCGUCCUACUCAAAGAGUCGUUGGUCCUGUGUUUUCUUCAUUGUUUACCUCUCCAUAGAGCUGUACUUCAUCAUGAACCUGCUCUUGGCCGUGGUGUUUGAUACGUUUAACGGUGUGGAGAAGAUGAAGUUCAAAUCUCUCUUGCUUCACAAGCGCUCUGCUAUCGAUCACGCAUUUCAGCUGCUGGUCAGCCGGCAGAGACCGAUGGGUGUGUCGCUCAAACAGUUUGACGGUCUGAUGCGGUUUUAUAGACCGCGGAUGUCUGCACGAGACCGCUUCCUCACAUUUAAAGCUCUGAACACCUCAGGGGCUCCCAUGCUCAGUCUGCAGGACUUUUAUAAGUUCUAUGAGGUCAUUGGCCUUAAAUGGAAGGCACGACGCAGUGGAGAGCACUGGUUUGAUGACCUUCCACACACAACCUUUCUCAUUUUUAAAGGAAUCAACCUGCUUGUGAAAUCAAAGGGCUUCCAGUAUGCCAUGUAUGCGGUGGUGGCUAUCAACGGUGUGUGGAUCCUCGUGGAGACGUACACGCUGAAUAGUGGAUUUUCCUGGUCCAGAUUCGUCCCCUGGAGUUACAUUGUUUUCCUGACAAUUUAUGGUGUAGAGGUGUUGUUAAAAAUUUCCGGUUUGGGGCCAAUGGCUUAUUUCAGCUCUGGGUGGAAUCUGUUUGACUUCUCAGUGACAGUGUUUGCCUUCCUGGGCUUGAUUGCCCUUGCCUUUGACAUGGAGCCAUUUUACUUUGUUGUGGUUCUGAGACCACUCCAGCUUCUCCGUUUGUUUAAGAUAAAGCAGCGGUAUCGUAAUGUCUUGGACACCAUGUUUGAACUCUUUCCAAGGAUGGCAAGUCUUGGUUUGACCCUAAUCAUCUUCUACUACUCCUUUGCCAUCGUGGGGAUGGAGUUCUUUGCUGAUGUGGUGUAUCCAAACUGCUGCAACAUGAGCACAGUGGCAGACUCAUACAGACUAAUCAACGUCACCUACGGCAACAAAACGGUGUUGGAGGAAGGCUAUUAUUAUCUCAAUAAUUUCAACAACAUUCUCAGCAGCUUUGUGACUCUGUUUGAGCUGACUGUGGUCAAUAACUGGUAUAUCACCAUGGAAGGAGUAACUUCUAUGACAAGCCACUGGAGCCGGCUGUACUUCAUGACCUUUUACAUUGUUACCAUGGUUGUGAUGACGAUUAUUGUUGCGUUCAUUUUGGAUGCGUUUGUGUUCCGCAUGAACUACAGCCGCAAGAACCGAGAACCACUGGAGAACCCAGAGGAUGAAAAUGGGAUCGUCUUUGAGGUGGAGGUGAGUCGAGAGGAAUCUCUAGCUGCUUUAGAGCUGUACAAACAGAUCGGCUCUGGACAGUCAUCCCUGAGCUCUCUACAGGGAGUCCUACAGGCCAUGGACAGGGGCGGGCACACGUCUCUGGUGUACAUCGGCCGCAGGUCUAGGACCAAGAGUGACCUCAGCAUAAGGAUGUACGAGGAGGAGAUCCAGGAGUGGUAUGCAGAGUAUUCAAGGGAAAAUCUGCCUCAGCCAGACCAAAGCCUGGAGCAGGAGCUGGACAGUCCCCUCUCUAAUGCCUCUCCCUUCUCAGAGCCUCAGCUCAACGCACAGACUGGACCUCACAGCAUCAACUAACUCCUAACUGUUCAACACACUCCACAAUACAAGUGUGUUUUAUAAAAGCUAAGAAGCCCCGUCACUCCAGGAGUCUCUUUGCCCUCUCCAUGCUCCAUUUUUACCACAGUGGGAGAAAUCUGGGACCUUUGGGAUUCAUGAGAGUGAGACGAGUUAAAGACAGCCUUUUUCCUGGAGAAGUAAAGGUGUGUCUCUGGACCAGUGAGGAGGGAACAAUGCCCUCCUUUGGACAUUUAAAAGACUGCAGUAAACAUGAGCAGGGAGCGUGAGCCAUCACAGUAUGUUAUGUACAUAUACUGCUGGAGGCCUCUUGUGCGCUCAUGUUAAUCUUAGAGAACUUUUACCUGAUGCCUUAGUUCAGUGGCUCAUAUGAUCGGUAUUAACACAAACAAAACUAAAAGAAAAGACCAAAACGUAAAACAAUUACACUCCUUUUAGAUCAACUAAUGUCUCAAAACUCAUGAGUGUUUUACCUUUUUUUAUAACUUCCUAUUCUGUUAUGUAUUUUAGUUAGUUAAUAAUUGUUUUAUUACACUGUUUAAA